GGGCCGGGGCGGCGCCGGCCGGGAGGGCCUCAAGGUGCUGAGGUGACCGCGGCGACGCGGAGAAAAACUGGUUAAGUUCCUUAUGACUUCGCCUGAAAUUUCUUCCCUUUCAUGGGGGCAAAUGAAAGUACAAGGCUCUUCUAAAACCUAUAAGGACUGCAAAGUGUGGCCAGGAGGCAGUCGGGCUUGGGAUUGGAGAGAGACAGGAACUGAGCAUUCUCCUGGUGUGCAGCCGGCAGAUGUGGAGGAAGUUGUCAAGCAGGGUGUGCAGACCCUUGUGAUUGGCCGAGGGAUGAGUGAGGCCUUGAAGGUGCCUCCAUCAACUGUGGAAUACCUCAGGAAACAAGGCAUCGAUGUCCGGGUCCUCCAGACAGAGCAGGCAGUGAAGGAAUACAAUGCCUUGGUUGCCCAAGGUGUCAGGGUGGGAGGAGUUUUCCAUUCUACCUGCUGAUGGAGCCUUAAGGAGACAAUAAAUCACUAAG